AUGCCGAGGGUUCAACGUUCCCCGCCUGCUACUCCUCAAGAAACGGAUAAUAAUCCACCUAUCUUCUCAACCCCAGACCUUUUCAGCAAACCGAAUGAGCCGGACACCGCGAAUAUUACCUCACGGACUAAACGACAACGACCCGACUAUUCGCCGGAAUGUGAAGUAAAGACUUUUGAGGAUAAAAUAAUGAAGUUGUUUACCGCUUGGAAAACUGACCAAGAGUCCUUACUUAAAAAACUAACCUCGGAGUUGACGGAAAUUAAACUCCAAAAUGUGGAGAUACAAAAAACAAAUGCUGAAACCUUAAAAACAGUUGAAUUCUUAAGUCAGGAUUAUGAUUCCAUCAAAAAAUCCCUGCAGAAAUUAGAAACCGAAAAUAAUGAACAACGCAAUUAUAUUGUGAACCUGGAAAAAAAAAUUGAAGAUUUACAGUCGAGCUCGCGAUCUGCUUGUAUCGAGAUAAGAAAUGUCCCGGAAGUUGAGAAGGAAACAGCUGGUGACUUAACAUCGAUUGUACUAAAAACCUUUGAGACCAUACAACCGUCGGAAAAUACACCUCAACUUCGUGACGUAUAUCGACUGCCAGGAAAAAAAGGCUCAAGCAGACCAAUAGUUGCUGAGUUCCUUACUGUCCCCUCAAAGAUUCAAGUACUGGAAGCCUGCCGUGCAUUCAACAAGGGCCUGCCAUCAACAGAAAAACUAAACACGGGUCACAUUGGUGUUCCCGGUCAAGUCAAACCAGUUUAUAUUGCCGACCAUUUACCUCGCUCCCAGCGGCAACUAUUCUUCGAGGCGCGAUCUUUUGCUAAAACAAACAAAUACAAAUUUUGUUGGUCCCAGAACGGAAAAAUUUUUCUUCGUAAAUCAGAAGGAAUGGACUCUGUUAUUAUUAGGUCAACUGCCUGCCUUAAGAAAUUACUUACCAUUGAAAAAUAAUCACAAAACGUCUCAUUUAUAUUAUU